AUGUCCCCUCACGACGCGCCGCUCGCGCUAUUCCCAUACGGGGUUACGCAAGUUGCGCAGCCGCCCCGCGGGGCCGUACGCAGGUGGCGCAGGCGGGAGCGCUAUUCCCGUACGGGGUUACGCAGGUUGCGCAGCCGCCCCGCGGGGCCGUACGCAGGUGGCGCAGGCGAGCGACGCGCAGCGAUUCCCGAAGCGGGUUACGCCAGCGCGGCGGCCGGCGGGGCGGGCGCUCCGGAGGCCGGCGUAAGGAGGCCCCCGCCGGCGGGGGCCCCGCCUCAGCCGCGGCGGGAGCAGGAGGAGCGGAGCGGGGCGCGAUGUGGCAAGCGCUCGGUGUGCGUGGGCCUACUGGCCCUGGCGCUGGGCUACCUGUGCGUGCUGGGUCCCGAGCUGCCCCCCGCGGCCCUGCGGCAGCUCUCGGCCUCGCUGCUGGGGAAGCUGCGCCGCGCCCGCUCGCUGGAGGCGCGCACGGUGGCGCCUGGCAGGCGGCCAUUGUCCCGCCCGGCGCGGCGGCUGGCGCGCGUCGCCGUCGGCGUCAAUGCCUGUGUGGACGUGGUCCUGUCCGGCGUGAAGCUGCUGGAGGCGCUGGGUCUGGAACCCAGGGAUGGGAAGAACCACGCGGUGCUGAGCUCCGGGCAGGACCUGGGGGAGGCCUUCACCCACUUCAUGGAGCGAGGGGCGGCCGCCGAGCGGUUCUUCAGCGACGCCGCGGCGUUCCGGGACAUCGCACGGACGGCCUCGGAGCACCCUGCGGCACAGCUCUACGUGGGAGGAAACGCUGCUCUCAUCGGGCAGAAGCUCGCGACAAAUCCAGACCUGAAGAUCCUCCUUUGUGGCCCAGUUGGCCCCAGACUCCACAAACUGCUCGAUGACAACGUGGUCGUGCCACCUGAAUCCAUGCAGGAAAGAGAUGAAUUCCAUCUUAUCUUGGAAUAUCAAGCAGGUGAGGAGUGGGGCCAGGUGAGAGCACCCACCGCCAACCGCUUCAUCUUCUCCCACGACCUGUCCAACGGUGCCCUCAACAUGCUGGAGGUGUUUGUGUCCAGCUUGGAUGAAUUCCAGCCAGACCUUGUGGUGCUUUCAGGACUUCACAUGAUGGAAGGGCAGAGCAAGGAGGCGCGACAGAGGCGGCUGAUGGAGGCUGUGGCCUCCAUCUCCGAUAUCCCUACUGACAUUCCCAUUCACCUGGAGCUGGCCAGUAUGACUGAUCAGGAUUUUAUGAGCAACAUUAUGCAUCAGGUCUUUCCCCUGGUGAACUCCAUCGGGCUGAACGAGCAGGAGCUGCUGUUCCUCACCCAGGCUGCCUCCGGCCCCCACGCCUCCCUGGGCUCCUGGAGCGGGAUUCCCGACGUGGGGGUGGUCAGCGACAUCCUCUUCUGGAUCCUGAAGGAGCACGGGAAGGCGGCGGAGCGGGCGUCCGACCUCACGCGCAUCCACUUCCACACCCUGGCCUACCACAUCCUGGCCACCGUGGACGGGCACUGGGGCAACCAGGCGGCGGCGGUGGCGGCCGCCAGGGCCGCCGGCACCCAGGCCUGCGCCACCGACACCAUCGACACCAGCAGGGUCCUGCUCAAGGCCCCCCGCGAGUUCCUCACCUCCCACACGGAGGCUCCCGCCAAGAUCUCCCUGAACCCGGACGAGCCCGUGGUGCACUGGCACAGGGAAGGCAUCUCGUUCCACUUCACCCCCGUGCUGGUGUGCAAGGACCCCGUGCGGACCGUGGGGCUGGGGGACGCCAUCUCCGCCGAGGGACUGCUCUACUCCGAGGCCUAUCCUCAGUAGGAAACCAGGAACUUCUCCUUCUCCGGCGCUGCACGGUGUCUGAGCCCCGUGGAUUGGGAUUUGAGGCAGUUGGUGGCAUAGGAACAGACUCGGGGUGUGGUGUGUUUUCUGGGUGUAACUGAAAAAGAGCCAAAGAAUAAUUCCAGGUAUAAACUGUCGGCACAUUCCAGUCACUGGGCAGUGACUCGAACGCUUCUCGUGUGGGUGCAGAUGUUUUAGGAUUUAAUGUGAAAAUUGGCUUUGUCCUGAGCAGUGGGAGAGGGAGGCAAAGACCAAAAUCCCUGGCUGGUGUAGGUUUGCUGUUUGUAGCUCAGAAUGGAUCUUGUCUGGUAGUGCUGGGAAGUGCAGCAGGAGAAUUCCCUGCCUGCGGAUCCCGGGGAGAGCACAGCAGUGCCCGGCCCUGCCUUGCCUCUGGUAAAUUCCAAAUAAAAGGCUUGUGGCUUAUCUCCUCCCAGCACACUGCAAACCUUCCCUUGCCUGGGACAAUGAUGGAAUUUUUGCCUGGUGAAAUCAUCUCUCCGUGUCCCCAGAGGGAGCCACGGUCCCAAAAUGUGAUGCAGACUGUACCUACUGCAGGCUGUGCAGGUGAUGCUGGGGAUCUGUGACUUAAAGGUGUUCAGCUGAGCCCCAGCAGCCUGUGUUUAGCUUUUGGGAAAGUGGGAGUGAAGACAAUCGGGGUUUUUAUUUGGGGGACAGCUCUGCUUCCCUGUCAGGUGGCCCCCAAAGCAUUACCUUGUUUGCUGUACACUAAAUACCUUCUCUGCUGACAGCAGGGGCUUCCAGGUGCUGUGUUACAGAAAUGCUCUCGAGUGCUGGAGACUCGAUUUUCGGUUGUUUGAGAGUGGUUGUGCCAAAUUCUUCAGUCUUCCUGCUCUCCAUUCAGAAGGGUUAAUAUAUUAGGGAAGGUCCCUCUGGAAGCUCAGAAGCUGUAACAGCAUUUUCCAGGUCAGACUGAAGUGAGGAGGCCUUUUUAGGGUUUGAUGUUGGAGGUUUUUUGACUAGGUCACCAAUAGUUUCUUUGCUCUGGCCUUUGAAAUUAAAAAAGCAGAACCCUG